GUGGAGAAACUGAUAUCAGCUGGAGCUGUCAUCAACUACCAGGACAAGGAUGGAACAACUGCACUCAUUAUGGCCAGUUACAAUGGACACCUGGAAGUAGUUAGACUCCUGCUAGAAUCUGGAGCUAAAGAUCUACCUUAUAAGGAUGGACGUACAGCCAUGAGUGUCGCAAGAGCCAAAGGUCAUCAGCAAAUAGUCAAACUUCUACAGCAGUACAAAGUUUAAACUACUCUACGUCUCUCGACUCUACUUCUUCUAACACUGUAGCCUAGUUCUAUACUACAUAGCAUCUUGUCUUUUACAGGAGUACAAAAUUUAAAAGAAACAACACUCUACAUAACACUGUACCUUAUCUCUUUUCUAUACUACAUACCAGACUUACUUAAUUGUCUAUUCCCUCCUUUUUACCUUUAGCAUACUGUGUUGUUACUGAUUUUUGUAUGUCAGCGUAGUUGGUAUACAAACUGUACUCUAUGGUUUAGGUUAUAUUUUGCUACACCAU